CAGAAUUGUUCAUAUAUACUAAAAUUUUCUUGCAAUGAAAGUGGACCAGCAGCAAGUCAUUGAUCUGGAAGCUAAAGGUGUUGGUGACAUAUGCAGAACUAUCGAGCUCUCAGCGAUAGCUACACGAAAACCAGAUCAUGCUAAUGGUGAUGAGCUAUACCCUCCAGUCAACUUUGCCAAGGUCGAUUAUGGCAUCUAUCGUUCUAGUUUCCCUGAUUCAGCUAACUUCCCGUUCCUUAAAGCCCUUGGUCUCCGUUCAAUCGUAUAUUUGUGUCCGGAAGCAUAUCCAGAGCAUAACUUGGAGUUUUUGAAGUCUAACCGGAUUCAGUUAUUUCAUUUUGGUAUUGAAGGCACCAAGGAGCCUUAUGUUGAUAUUCCCGAGGAUACCAUCCGUGAGGCGUUAAAAGUUGUCCUUGAUGUGAGAAACCAUCCUUUGUUAAUUCAUUGUAAAAGAGGAAAGCAUCGAACUGGUUGUCUUGUGGGAUGCUUAAGAAAAAUGCAGAGAUGGAGCCUACUUACAAUUUUUGACGAGUAUCAUAAGUUUGCAGCAGCUAAAGCUAGAGUUUCAGAUCAGAGGUUUAUGGAACUGUUUGAUGUUUCUAGUUUGGAUAGGUAAACUCAUUCUGGAAAGUCACAAGUCAUUCGGUCAUUGAUCAUUGGCCAUUUGGGUCAGAAUAAAUUGGAACAGGGCCAUGAUUUCCAAGAGUAUGUUUUAGCAAUUUUGGAAUGAUUAAUACCAUUUCUUGAGGUUUACAUGAAUAGAUAUAUCUUCAUAAAACAGAUUCUGAGGAAUGUGUAUGUUUGUGAGUCAUUGAUGGAAAAAGUUUCUUUCCUGGACCAUGUAGUCUAUUUGCUAUGAAUAGACUUGUAUAAAAUUCCGAACUGA